AUGUUCAAGAAGAAGCCCACGAUCAAGCCACUCGCCAACCUCAAGUCUUCAGACCGCCGCAAGCUAGCCGACCAAAUCAUCCAGGACUACGAGCUCGACCUCCAACAAGCAGACGACAGCCAAACGCCCGAACAGAAAGCUGAAGCGACAGCCGCCCGAACGACGUUACGCAACACCCUACUACCUGCAAACACCCAGUCAUGUCGCUUCUUGACGACAUAUGGUCCCGACCUAAGGCAGGCAUCUGGGACAUUGUAUGUUGGCAGCCAAGAUGAACACGAGGCAAGAGUGUUGUGGUUCCAAAUCGAAGGGAGGAUAUACCCAUCAAUAUACACACUAUGGAGAAACCCCAAUGUUGUCCCAUUAGUCCAUACCCACGAGUUCGUAAUGCAGAAAUUACAGGGAGGUGCCGACCUCAUGACCCCAGGACUCGCUGCAGGACCACCGUUUCCACCAAAGGCGAAGAAGGACACCAUCGUGGCAAUUGCCAGUACGGACCGGCCUACUGUACCAAUGGCAAUGGGCUUCUGCGCGAUCGAUGUGUGUGCAUUGGAUAAAGUACAGGGCGCCAAGGGUCACGCUGUUGAAAACAUGCACUGGGUUGGAGAUGAGCUGUGGAGCUAUAGCGUGGCAAGUCGGCCAGGGCAACAGCCUCCGGACGAGAUUGAAGGUUGGGCCAAAGUGCUCGAAGAACGUGGCUUGACAGAGAAAGUGAAUGUAUUGAAGCUGGAAGACGAUGAAGAGAGCGGAGGGGUGUCUCUGGAGAGUGGAGGCCAGCCCGCUCCAAGCAAUGGUGGUCGCGACGAGCAGCGGGAUGACCAGAUACCGGCCGAAAAGGAAGAGCUUUCACAAAAGGAGAUCGACGACGCUUUCCGCAACGCAUUCCUGUAUGGGGUGCACUCCCACAAGACGUCGAACCCGAACACGGCGAACUACGGUUUGGUCUUUCCCUUGUCUCAAUCCUUCAUCAUGUCAGCUUUGGUCCAGCCUUUCUUACCGAUGUUCACACCCGAACUCAACACACAACUGCAGAUCAAAAAGACAUCGUGGAAAACAAUCAAGCGAUUCGUCAAGUCCUUGGACAAGGCGAAGAUUCUGAAAUGCAAAGACAAAGAUGGCAACGAGACUGUCAUCAUGGACAUCGACUUCGAAGACCCGACCAUUGUGAACUUCAAGCCGUACCGUCUUCCGAAGAAGGAAAUCGCUGGAGGAGCAUCGAAUGGCAAAGGGGAGACCGACAAGGCUGAUGCGGCAGACGACUCAAUUGGUCAAAAGCUGCAAGUCAUGCUGAGCUACCGUCCUUCAUCCAAGCUACAGCCACUUUUCGAAGCGUCGAAUUCACACAAGUCCCACUACACGCCGCCUGAGGUCCGCGAGCUGGUGACGGCGUAUCUGGAGUCCGAGAACUUGAUCUCAGCAACCAACAAACGUUUAGCCAAGCUCAAUCCUACCCUCGCCAACUCUGUGUUCGAUGGUAGCGGAUCACUGGACAAGGAAGUCUUGGCCAAGGGUUCCGUGCCACGAGACGCUCUGAUUGACCGCAUACUCCACGCCAUGGCCACAUCGUACACGAUUGUGAGGAACGGCGAAGAAGCAAAAGCCAAGAGUGGCGCGCCGCCCAAGAUUCACAUCACGCUAGAAACGCGCAGCGGCAACAAGACUGUCACCAAAGUUUCAGGUCUGGAGGCUUAUCACAUCAAUGCACGACCACUUGCAGACGAGUUGCGGAAGACGUGCGCAGGCUCGACGAGCGUUGAGCCCCUUGCAGGGGCGUCGAAGAAGAACGAGCGUGAGGUGAUGGAAGUCAUGGUGCAGGGUCCGCAGAAGGAUACUGUACUGAAGGCUUUGGAGCGCAGAGGUGUGGACAAGCGGUGGGUGGAAGUCCUAGACAAGACAAAGGGCAAAAAGCGAUAG